CCCAUCAAGAUGAAGACCCUCCGCUGGAGCAGCUCAGCCCCUACGGUUGUAUCCGUGGUCAGCUGCUUUGGGCUGUGGAUCCCGCGCUCAAUGAUGGUGGUGGAGAUGGCUACCACGACGUACUUCGCCAUCUGUUUGUACCUCAUGAUGCUGGUCAUGGUGGAGGGCUUCGGGGGGAAGGAGGCGGUGCUCAGCACCCUGAAGGACGUGCCCAUGGUUGUCAGCACCGGGCCCUGCUGCUGCUGCUGCCCCUGCCUGCCCCGAAUCACCAUGAGCAGGAGAAAGCUUCAACUGCUGAUGCUGGGGACUUUCCAGUACGCCUUCUGCAGGGUGGUUGCUGUCUUCCUGGGGCUCGUCCUGGCCGCCGACGGGAACUACAACCCUGCUGACAUCUCAGCGGAGAGCACGGCCCUCUGGAUCAACACCGUGGUCGGCGCCUCCACCCUCUUCGGGCUGUGGGCCCUGGGCAUCCUCUUCCGGCAGGCCCGGCUGCACCUGGCCGAGCAGAACAUCAAGGCCAAGUUCUCCUGCUUCCAGAUCCUCCUUCUCCUGACGGCACUGCAGCCCGCCAUCUUCAGCAUCCUGGCCAACAAUGGCAACAUCGCCUGCUCGCCGCCCUUCUCCUCCAAAGCCAGGUCACAGCAGAUGAACAUGCAGCUGUUGAUCCCGCAAACCUUCAUCUUGGCAGUGGUGACGCGGAUGUACUACCGCAAGCAGGACGACAAGCCGGGCUACCAGCCCGACAGCUUCGCAUCUGCAGGUCGGUGCGUGAGCAGGAGGGAGCAACUGGGGUGCCAAGGGGCAGAGUGA